UUGUAAGCUAGCAGUAACUUAGCAAACAAUUAGCCUUUUCUGGCCGUGUUUUUCGCUUUGUAUGAACGGCUACGCAUUUUAGAAUAGGCUCAAUCUUCAAGUGGUCGGUCUGAAAGGAUGAGGAGGAUCAUUGCCGAAGACCCAAACUGGUCCCUAUCCCUUGUUCCUUGUUUAUCAAACAUCUGCCUGCGGUGCAUUGUUAACAACUUUAAAGAAAGGCCCAUUUUUGAAGAACUUAGACCUGUCGAGAAAGACUUCAUCCAAGAGAGGCUGUCCCCUUCCCUUCCUCUGCACGUGACAGCCAAGGUGGUGCCUGAUGGUGUCUACUGGAAACGAUGCUGCCGGCAGAGGUGGGACAAUUGUGAUGUCUCACGUUAUGAAUACAGCUGGAAACGAAUGUUCUUCGAGAGGCAUUUGGAGAACGUCGUCGAGCUCUUUGUCCCAGGUGUGACUGAGGCCCAGACAGUUCUGGACACGGUCCGGGUCUGCAAAGACCACGUAAAGAGGCUGGAGAUCUCCCAGCUGCUGCCGCCCAUCAAAGAGCCCAAUGGGGAGAAGGAGGAGAAAGAAUAUGAAUCGGAGCUGGUAAUUGAGCUUGAUGAUGAAGAUUCUUCCAUGGAUCACUUUGACUUCAGCAUCCUGCUCGACAAGCUGAAAAAGCUGGAGGAGCUACAUCUGAUGUAUAGUGUCAAACAAUGUGGCAUGAACUUUGAGUGGACGAUGUUUGAGAUGACUGAAAGAGACUGCGAAUCCCUCGCCAAGGCUCUUAAGACCUGUAAGACCCUAAAGCUUUUGAGGCUGCAUCAGAGCCAGGUGGGGGAUAAAAAGUGUCGGCUGCUGGUGAAACACCUUCUGGACCACCCCUCUCUGAGAGUCCUAGACUUUUCCCACAACCUGAUCGGAGACAGUGGAGCCAGAGCCAUCGGCAAACUGCUCACCAGGAGUGGCCUGGAGGUCCUCAACUUGAGUGACAAUAAUAUUGGCGGCCCGGGAGCCAAGGCUAUAGCUCACGCUUUGUACAAGAAGUCCGGCCUUUUGUCCCUCAACCUGCGCCUCAACCGCGUGAUGGAUGAAGGGGGUCAGGCCAUCGGCAAGGCUUUGCUCAGCAACAAAACUCUGCGCCACCUGCACCUGGGAGGCAAUGACGUGACCUGGCUCACUGCUUUCACAUUGUCUAAAGUGCUAGCAGAGAACAACACCCUGACACGCAUCAACCUGUCUUGCAACAAGCUUGGUGAGGUCGGAGGUAAAGCUUUGGCGGAGGCGAUGUCUCACAACAGCAGUGUAACAGAAUGCGACAUCCGUCUGACAGAAGUGGACGAGCAGAGUGCUUCCUCCAUCAGCAAGGUGGUGUGGGACAACCAGAGUUUGGAACGUGGUAAGAAAGCUGGACAGCGGAAAACGGGACACAUCAGCAGCACAUCAGAAUAA